GAAGAAAAAAAGCCCGUUAUAACUACAAGACGAAAAAGUAAAACCAGUAUCACGAUUCACACAAAGCAAACACCAUUUUUCACCAUUCCAAUAAUCUCCCCUCAACACAGAAAAAGAAACAAAACCCCAAAAUGCAGCAACAAAACAACAACAAACCAUUACCACAACUACACAACACUCACGUUAAGCUUCUCGCCUUCGAUCUCCUAACCCUAACCCCACCUUCAUCCCCCGACCACCCUUUCACUCGCAAAUCAAUCCCAAUCACACGCGCCGAAACCCUAGGAACCAUAACCCUACGCGAUCACAAACCUGGAAAAUUCCUCCGAUUCGCAAUCGACGACGGAACAGGCUGCAUCCCUUGUAUCCUCUGGCUUAACCAUUUAACUUCUCCUCAUUUGGCACGCCGUCGUAGUCCUCAGGAUCUUUGUCUUCUUUCCGACGCCGCCGCCCGAUCCUUUUCGAACGUGAAGAUUGGUGCUGUGGGAAGAGUUAGAGGGAGAGUAACGGGUUUUAAGGGGUGUGUUCAGAUUACUGUUACGGAUGUUGUUGUUGAGAGGGAUCCUAAUGCGGAGGUUUUGCAUUGGAUUGAGUGUGUUAAUUUGGCUCGUAAUUGUUAUAAUCUAUGACUAUGUCAUGUUUCUUAACCCUUCUUGCUUUUUGGCUUCGAAUGGAAAUAGUACUAAUCAAGCUUUUCGAUAGUCUAAUUAGUGUAAAUAGUACUAAUUUUAGCUUAGGAAAUAAAUAAAUUGGAAAUCAGAUUAGUUUGUCUAAACAAGUUUAUAAGAACUAUAAAUGUAGAAUUAAGACA